AUGCACUACGGAGGAUGGAGUGUGGCGAUGGAUAAAAAACAGCCAGCGAUAGUGCCGUUCGACCACGACUAUGGCUCCACUCUUGGGUCACCGUUCAUAUCAUUCAUCGACCUGUUAAUGGUCAAUAUGCUGUACAGAUGCAAUGAAUCGUGUGAUCCCACUACCUCCGUAAAGUGUGAGAUGAAUGGUUUCCCUAAUCCUCGUAACUGCAGCACAUGUGUCUGUCCUGGAGGUUAUGGUGGAGAUCGAUGUACCGACAGACCAGAGGGCAAGUGCGGAGAUACUAUUGAAGCAUCGCCCAACUGGACCACCCUCACAAAUGUUCUAGGCAAUAUGAGGGUCCGCCAUAUUUCACUGGACUUCACCAUGUGUAACUACUGGAUCCAAGUACGUUGA